ACAGAUAUAUGUAGGAAUAGGAACGAACAUGGUGAUUGCUUUUGCUUUUGGUCGACUCUUCGACAGUUCUUUCCAGCUGGUCUAAAUUGAUUGUUGUUUUACCGUAACGUUACGAUUUUUUGCUAUAAAAUUUAUAUUCGUAUAAGUGAAUUCCUACUGUUAGAUUUUUUAUAAUCCGUUUGUUGAAAACACAAAAGACAUUGUGUGUUUGUGUUCCGUGACGUAACUGGAUUUCACUCGAACCGAAUAACUGUUCCUUCGCUUACGAAGGUCGUAUCGGAUGCGAAAGCUCUUCGCAUAGCCGAUUGCGUACGACGCAAAGAUGUGGGAAGUGGACUCUGACACGGGGUCCCACAGCGCUUCGUCGGAUGGCUUACGGCGACGGCAAGGAUGGGACCCCGAGGCCGAGAGUCUCGCUUCUCAAAUGGACGAGCUCGACGAGGUACUCGCCGAGGAAGAAGAAGGAUGUCCAUUGCCGUCUACGCCCGAAGAUCAACAUCUGUUAGACGCGGAAAUGGCUGAAGUUUUAAAAGCUGGCGUGCUAUCGGACGAAAUUGAUCUCGGAGCUCUAGCGCACAAUGCGGCGGAGCAAGCUGAGGAGUUUGUUCGCAAGGUGUGGGAAGCCUCGUGGAACGUGUGCCACUUCCGUCAUUUACCGCGGUGGCUUCAGGACAACGACUAUUUGCACAAAGGACACCGACCGCCGCUACCCUCCUUCAGUGCAUGUUUUGCGUCGAUUUUCCGUAUCCACACCGAAACCGGCAACAUUUGGACCCACCUGCUCGGAUGUGUAGCGUUCAUUGGCGUUGCAAUAUAUUUCCUUACACGCCCGUCCAUAGAGAUACAGAUGCAAGAGAAAAUGAUCUUUGGUGUGUUCUUUAUUGGUGCUAUAGUGUGUUUGGGUUUUUCGUUUGCAUAUCACACUUUGUACUGUCACUCGGAGAUGGUGGGCAAGUUGUUCUCCAAGCUGGACUACUGUGGGAUAGCAUUGCUGAUUAUGGGUUCAUUUGUUCCAUGGCUGUACUAUAGUUUCUACUGUCAUUACAGACCGAAAAUCAUUUACUUAUCUGUUGUGGUUGUGUUAGGAGUACUGUCUAUUAUAGUUUCAUUAUGGGAUAGAUUCUCUGAACCCCGCUUGAGACCUCUGAGAGCAGGAGUGUUCAUGGGCUUUGGCCUUUCAGGGAUUGUGCCAGCAAUUCACUAUGGAAUAACAGAAGGUUGGUUCAGCCAGGUCAGUAAGGCAUCUUUAGGAUGGCUGGUCCUUAUGGGCUUGCUCUACAUUCUAGGAGCAAUGUUUUAUGCAUUGAGAGUGCCAGAACGUUGGUUCCCUGGCAAAUGUGACAUUUGGUUCCAGUCUCACCAAAUUUUUCAUGUGCUGGUCAUUGUGGCAGCUUUUGUACAUUACCAUGGUAUCAGUGAGCUAGCAUCAUACCGUGUGACAGUUGGAGAAUGUUCAAUGCCCCCCUCAUCUAUUGCAUUCUAGCCCCGUACCUCACCAAUUGUGAUAGUAGACCAUAGAUAAUGUUUAAGUAGAAUACAGAUAAUCAAUAGUUUCAUUGUCCUUUUUUCACAACACUAAAUUACUUUUAUACUUUUUCAAUGUACACUUGUUUAUGUUUAAAUUUUCUUAUUUAUUAUCUGGGUAGUUGGGAAAAGUAAUGCACACUUUAAAAGCAGUGAAACUGUUGGUUUGAUGUUUUGAAAUGAAUCAAAGACCAUGGGCAAAUUUGGGGUUGUAUAAGACUUAGCAAAAUAUCCAACUUUUUAUUUAUUUGUUUAUUUUAGAAAGAAAGUAGGUUAUAUUAGUUGGAAUCCUCUUUUAUAGAUUUGCACACUAAUUCAGACCACAUAUUUUGUUCCUCUCUUAUUUUAUAAAGAUUUUUAUUAACAUAUAGUACUUAAUUGUUUUUUUCUAGUUACUAUCUAUUUAAAUUACACU